AUGUCGCAGAGUAGUCAAGUCUACGAAUUACCGGGCGACCUCCCGCCAGUGGCCGAGUUGCCUGAUGACUCUUUACCAGCAGAAUUACCUGGGAACGAGUUGUCCAAAGAGGAUGAUGAUACUGACUCAACACGGCCACCUGCUGGUCUGAUGCCAGCGCAACACUCGAACGAUCUGCUACCAACGCCUUUCUCGGCAUUCUCUACCAUCUCAUCCAAUCCGUCGCUGAAGCCUUCCCCUCUCAACUUUUCACGGCCGAACUUCUCGCGACCACGUCCAGUAGAGGCCACCUCGUACAACUUUGGCAGCAGGGCUGGUCCUAUUCCCGAGUACGACCCAAACAAUCGACCGACGCUCUCUGAACCUGUUCAGGCGCAUCGUGAUGAACAUGCCGAAGAGAAGACUGAGGAUGAAGAAGAGAACGAUGAUGGUGUUGAAACACCUGGACCGUCGUUCGGGACAUAUACAAAGAGUGUUCCACAGCACAGUGUAGACGAUGGAGCAAGUAUAGGAGGAGCCAGUAUCGACGAGGCUAUUCCGCCUCCGAUCAGGACAUAUGCAGACCUGAGAGAUAUGCCAUUGGCAAGGGACAGCAUCGAUGAGGCCACACCCCCAGCGAUACAAGGCUCCAGGGGCUCAAGAGGCUUCAACCACGAUUUCAGUACAUUGAACAUUUCAAGAGGUGACAGCAUAUACGAAGAAUUUCCCACACCUCCUGGUACCAAAUCUCCAAAGGAACAAUUUCGGAAAGACUCGCAGGCCUUACCGCAGUAUCUACGAGAGAGCGCCAACGAUGCUACACAGAAUCCUCAUCCACUUGCACGCAUGAACACAACCAGCUCGAUGGCGAGUAGCUUUGACGAGGCUGCACCACCUCCUGUAAGCAUACGGAGACGUGACCUAUUGCAUAUGGAUACCGAGAGUUCGAGAGGAACAAAGUCUUCAAACCAGACAAAAGGCUCCAGGGUGGACAGCGUUGUAGAUCCAUCUCCCAGCGUCCCACCUAAAAGCGUUGCACGGAAAGAAGCCUUAGCAGAGCCCUCUGCACCAAAUGUGCUCAUCUACAAACCAUACCUGGACUACGCCUCUAGUAAAGGAUCGGAUUCAAUUCGGUCCACCAGCACUCGCGAUGAGAGCAAUUCGAAUUCCGGAAUUGAUAGCGAUCGGCGGUACAGUUCUGCAGGCAGUGAGACCAGCUCAGUGGCCGACUUUGCUUUCGAUGGUCAACUAGGCUGGAACCCACGCAACAACGUAGCCCCUGCAAAGGAAGCCAAUCGUCAGCAACGCUGGUCAGCCCCUCUCACAAAACCUUUGAAAUUGGUCACCUCUCGAUCUAAGGGCAAAGAGAAACAACAGACACCAAUGCCUACGAUGCAGGAACAGCCAUCACGACAAGGCUCGAAUGCAAGUUCACAAAACACUCUUUCACCAGCGUCGAGCAGGGCAUCUACAGGCACAGGUAGCAGUGCUUCCAGCAGAGCACCCACCAUCCCUGAACGAAUCCCUCGCAUCAUCAAACGCACGUCUAUUGAUCAAAUGUCCGAGCAUGUCAAUCCCUGGCAAGGCGAAACCAUGAGCGACCGUGGAAGCGUGUCUAGCAACGAGUGGACGAGCAGCGAAGUUGAUACAUCAGGUCUGAGCGUAGAGAAGAUACACAAGCUUAAGAAGAAAGGCAUCAACCCCGCGCUCUACGUCGAGAUGCAGAAUGCACGCAAAGGCAAGAACAAAUGGGUUAGUCCUUUGCAAGGCAACUCUUUCAUAUGA